ACAAACUCUGCUCAACAGUCAAAACCCUAAACCCUUCUGCUUCCUCUAACGGCAGCCAUGGCGAAAACGGACACCAAAACCAGCAAUAAGAAGUCGAAAAAGAAGAAGAAUGCCGGCCCAAAAACAGUGGCCAUGAAGAACAAAGCAUCGAACGCCAAAAAUCCAUUUGAAACCAUUUGGUCUCGACGCAAAUUCGACAUCCUUGGUAAGAAGCGAAAGGGCGAAGAGGUUCGUAUCGGUCUCUCUCGGUCUCUUGCCAUCCAGAAGAGGACAAAGACGUUGCUCAAAGAGUACGAACAGAGUGGCAAGUCAUCCGUGUUUGUGGAUAAACGAAUUGGUGAGCGAAACGAUGAGUUGGGAGAGUUUGAUAAGGCCAUUAUGCGGUCUCAGCGCCAGCGUCAGUUGAAAUUGAGCAAGAAGAACAAGUACAACUUAUCUGAUGAAGAAGAGGAUGAGCUUGAAAUUUCUGGGUUUGGGCCAUUUUCAGAAAGAGAUGAUUUUGAGGAUGAAAUGAUAUCUGAUGAUGAUAACGAUGAUGAUGGUGAUGGUGAAAACAAGAAGAGCUCAAAUGUCUUAAAGCAACUUAAUUCUCAUAAUAAUACACAUGACCCAGUCGAAAGGGAUUUAAUGGAAGGAGAGGAAAAUAAGCAUAAAAGCAAGAAGGAAAUCAUGGAGGAGGUUAUUUUAAAGAGCAAAUAUUUCAAGGCACAAAAAGCAAAACAUAAGGAAGAAAAUGAACAGUUGAUGGAAGAAUUGGAUAAAAAUUUCUCGUCUUUAGUGCAAUCUCAAGUGCUAUUGUCAAUGACUGAACCUAGUAAGAUGAAUGCUUUGAAGGCUCUGGUCAGUAAGGACAUUCCUAAUGAACAUGCGAAGUUGGAUGGUCAAAAAAUAGACACGUUAAAUCAGGAACAACCUGAUUCUUAUGACAAACUUGUGAAAGAGAUGGCAUUGGACAUGCGUGCACGACCUUCAGACAGGACAAAGACAGAUGAAGAAAUUGCCCAAGAGGAGAGAGAACGACUGGAGCGAUUGGAGGAAGAGCGUCGGAAGAGGAUGCUUGCAACUGAUGACACUAGUGAUGAAGACAAUGAAGCUGAUGAGAAACUGUCUGCCCAGAGGCCUAAAUCAAUGUCCGGGGAUGAUCUUGGUGAUUCUUUCUCGCUUGAAGAGCCUAAGGCUAAAAGGGGCUGGGUAGAUGAGGUUCUUGAAAGAAAGGAUACGACCGAGAUUGAAGAUGAUGAUUCCUCUGAGGAUUCAGAUGAUGCUGAGUCUGAUGGUGUUGAUGAAGGAUUCAAUGAAGAUAGUGAUGCAAGUGAAAAGACUCUAACUUUGAAGGACUGGGAACAAAGUGAUGAUGAUGAUCUUGAAAGAGAUUUGGAGGAGGAAGAAGAGGAAGAACUAGAGUUAGAUGAGGAAAAUGAUGACAGUGAUGAUGAUGAGGAAGAGAUAGAGCCAAGAGGCAAGAAAAAGUCGAGGGGCAACGCUCAUGGGGAAAUUAGGAAAAGUGAUAAGGAAUCUCUAGAUAUAAAGAAAAUGAAAGUGAAUCAUACUAAACUUUCAGGUCAACCAGAUAUUCCUUAUAUAAUUGAAGCUCCAAAGAGCUUGGAUGAAUUUUUUGCAUUACUGGAUAAUUGUUCUAAUGCUGACAAGAUUUUGGUUAUCAAUCGAAUUCAGGCAAGCAAUGCAAUUAAAUUGGCUGCAGAAAAUCGGAAGAAAAUGCAGGUAUUUUAUGGUGUGCUAUUGCAGUACUUUGCUGUAUUGCCAAACAAAAAAGCCCUCAAUUUCGAGUUGCUAAAUUUGCUGGUCAAGCCACUGAUGGAGAUGAGUGUAGAAAUCCCAUACUUUGCUGCAAUAUGUGCUCGUCAGCGAAUCUUACGGACUCGAACACAAUUUUGUGAUGCUAUCAAAAACCCAGAAAAUAGCUGCUGUCCUUCUUUGAAAACAUUAAUUCUUUUGAGGCUGUGGUCCAUGAUUUUCCCAUGUUCUGACUUCCGUCAUGUUGUAAUGACUCCAGCAAUAUUAUUGAUGUGUGAAUAUCUCAUGCGUUGUCCUAUUGUGUCAGGCCGGGAUAUCGCUGUUGGUUCGUUCUUAUGUUCCAUGAUUCUCAAUGUUAGUAGACAAUCUAAGAAGUUCUGCCCGGAGGUGAUAAUAUUUCUCCGAACUGUGCUGAUGGCAGCUACUGACAGAAAACAAACAUCACAUCAGGAGUCUGAGUUUUAUCAUCUUAUGGAUCCAAAAGCUCUCAGGCCCCUGCUGUGUAUAAGGGAUUGUGUAGAUGAUGUUAGUCCUAUGAAUUUUCUCAUAAUAAUGGACAUGCCGGAGGACUCUUCUUUUUUCAGCUCUGACAACUUUAGGGCUAGUGUGUUGUUGACUGUGAUUGAAACCCUUCGAGGAUUUGUCGACGUUUAUGAAGGAUUGAGUUCCUUUCCGGAAAUCUUCUUGCCAAUUGCUAUAUUGUUACAUGAAGUAGCACAAGUAGAUAACAUGCCGUCUACAUUGCAAGAAAAAAUUGAAGAUGUUUCUCUACUUAUUAAGAAAAAGGCUGAUGAACAUAGCAUGUUGCGGCGACCAUUGCAAAUGCGGAAGAAGAAGCCAGUGCCCAUCAAAUUACUAAAUCCGAAAUUUGAGGAGAACUUUGUUAAGGGCAGAGAUUAUGAUCCAGAUCGUGAACGGGUUGAGACAAGAAAGUUGAAAAAACUUGUUAAACGGGAAGCUAAAGGUGCGGCUCGUGAAUUGCGUAAAGACAAUUAUUUCUUAUCUCAGGUAAAGGAAAGAGAGAAGGCAAAGUUGGAGGAAGAAAGAAAUGAGAAGUAUGGAAAGGCAAGAGCCUUUCUCCAAGAACAAGAACAUGCUUUCAAAUCUGGGCAAUUGGGUAGAGGCAGGAAGAGAAGGAAAUGAAGGUCUCAUCUGUAGUUUGUAUUGCUUGCGUGCUCCUCUCUUAGCAUUUUUCCUGAAUUGUCAGUUGAUUUUGGGACAUAUUGUAUUAUUGAUUCACUUGCCUGGGUAUAUUUUGAGGCUGCCAUCGUACUCAAAGUAGACUACUUGAGGCUAGCUGUAUAGAAAGUGAGGUUUUUUGCUGCUUGUAUUUUGAUUCUCCUUUGCAGUGACCUAGAGUCAUAUAAAAGUUAUAGCCAUAGUUUGAAAAAUUUAA